UGCCUCUCUUUUCAGAGCAACCUUUCCGGGUUGUCGUUGAGCGGGUCAGAGGUCGCAGCACAUGCGUUUGUUGUGUUUCUGCUCUGGGCUCGUACUUGUAGCUGUAGCCGGGCUGAGCCAGUGAUGUGAUGGCUUUCCUGGGCUUGUUCCUUAGGAGGCAGCUGCCGCAGGCCCUGGCCCACUACGCCCGGGUGGUGAAGCUGCGGCGCCGGCCUCCCUGCGCGGGAGCCCCGCUGCUGCAGCUGCGGAGGCUGCACGGCCCGGGCCGGCUGCGGCACGCGGAGAAGGGACCGUGGGGGAAGAGCCGGGGGCCGGAGCCUCUGCAGCAGCAGUACCCGCUCACAGACCUCGACAAGGCGGACGCUUUGAUGCUGAGAAAGUCCCAUGAAACAGGUAACUAA